GUGUAUACGUGUAACUAUACGUAUACAUGCGCACAUAUGCAUACCUGUAAUUUUUAUUGUCAAGGGCUCGGUCGAAGGUGCGCCAGGCGACUUGGAGGUCUUCUUUGAUGACGGAAUUUAGUGCUAGCUGUGGCGUUGAGUCUGGCGGGAUUCGCUGCAGCGGAUCUACAAAACAUUCAGAAUGCUAAUCCGCUGAAUAUUGAUUUGAGCGACCCAAGUCAAACCCAACUGGCCACCAACGACGCGGACGACCCGAAGUUCGGCGGCUACCGUCCGCUCUACCCUCCCUACUUCCUCCGGGAGUCGACCAACGUCGGCGAGCAGCAACCGAACGACCAGACCUACUACGACAAGGAGUACUACACUCGCGGCACCCAACACGACAAAAGACUCGACAGGAACCUGAGGAUCGUACCACAGCAGCAGCAGCAGCAGCAGCAGGUGGCAUCGGCCACACCCACGGUCACGAUCGUUCGACCUAGUUCCGGCUUCGCCAGGGCUUUCCCCAACUUCAACCAUCAGGUCAAGUCGUUCGCCAGUAGCAGUAGUAGUUCGUUGCACGUAGCGUCGAGCUAUUCCUUCAGCAGUGUCAGGUUUCCCAACACGUAGUGGAUCCUCGAGUUGUCCCAGCGCCGCGUGUUUCCUUAUGAUGGUUAUAAAUUAUAUUAUGAUGUUCGAAUGCCUGGUGUGCUUGGUUUGCACUGAUGGAGUGUGUGUAACGGACGAUGACUAAAUCAGAUAAUUGAAUGAAUAAUUUAUGAAAAAAUGAUAAUUGUAGCCCAAAAAAAGAACGUGUAUAGGUAUUAUUGUGAUAAGUCUCCGAUUCGCAAAGGCGAACAAAGUGUGUAUUGUAUGAAAAUGAUUCAUUAAAAGUAUUAUAUUUAUAAAAAAACUUACUAUACAUAUAAGCGAGUGUAUCGAUGAUUACAUCUCAAUCGAUUGGAUAAAAACCUUAAUUAUGUACGUGUCAAGCCUUUAAAACGUAUCCGGCUGUAUUUAUAGACUCGUACGUAACCUUGGCUAUUAGACCCAUGGGAAAAAAUUUGAUGCAUCAAAAGGAGUGGAGUCGAAACUCAUAUCGUAAGGCGAAAACUCAGCGACUCUCGGGUCUUGUGUAAAUUCCGGAGAUGAAUUCUAUGAGUCGCCUAACUGUACAUUUACAUUUUAAAAGAAAAACAUUACUCAAAUCCACAUACAUUGUGUAUUCACGAUUGUCUCCUUUCUACGUUUCUCUUAAAAUAUAACCGCACAUGCGCCUCCGUAAUAUCACUGCAAAUAUAAAUUUAAACGAUUAACACCAAAGUAUAAGCAUAAAAACUUCGCGAUUCCGACUUCCGACACGCGCGUACCCGAUAAAAAGAAAGUUUCCGUCUUCAGAGCCGAAUUUUUCCUGUAACGGAACGUGUUCCAUACAUCCCGAUCAGGUUUGCCGAGCGAUUGCCAAAGAAAAAUCUAUAUCCCCCGCUAUCGUUGUCCGAUCGGAUAACGAACUUCGCGUCAGGUGCUCCGAGAGCAAAAAGAGAAGAGCCAGUUACUUCCCUGCAGCAGCGAAAAAAAACGUUAUGGCUCGUGUAAGGGUGAGGCUCUCUUUUACGCAUAUGCUAAUGUCGCAUCGUUAACGUCGCGAGAACGAUUUUACGAGCCAAGGCUGCAGAAUAGCCGCUUCCACUGCCGGAUUAUCUCUCGAGGGAGAGAUGAAAUUUACGAGGAGAGCCUUUCAGACUGAUCGGCGCGCGUAUAGUUCCGGGCUUUUCGGCAAGUCACGAUGUAUUCGUUUCUAUUAUACGAGCGGCUUAAACGAGCGAUUUGCCUACGCCGCGUAGAGUUUUCCUAGGAGAAACUAUUUGUCUUAUGCGCGGGAUAUGGGAUCGAUAUUAGAGGGCGAUUAUCGCGGGAUAUGCGCGCGGUAUGUAUUCGGGGGAGGUGGAUGUGCGGUUUUGCCGAGAAUUUAUGGGGGAUGUUUGGAAGAUACUUGAGGCUUUUGGUUUUUGGAAGGAUUUUGGGAGAAAUAAGUAGAUACGGAACGAGGUUGGUGAGACGUGGGAUCCGCAGUUGUGUAGCUUCUUUCAUAUACUAAUGCUACUUGUAUGUAAAUAAUAGGAAUUUGACUGCGUACUAGCAUAGAAUCCCUCGGAAUUUCAUGGCCUCACAAAAAUGUUAUUUACACUUACUGUAAUGCAUCUUUGAAAAAAAUAUGAAACCUGCGUCAAGGUUCGUUGGGGAGCUAUUAUCAGAUGAUUAAUGAAUGGUAUGAACGUAAUUAUUCUUAUUCAGAAAAUAUUGUACUCGAAUCAUCAAAAGGAUUGUAUAUAGCUGUCAGUUGUUAACGCAUAUUAGGUAAAUGCAUUACACGCAAUGUGAUAUGAUGGAUGAGUAGUUUGCCUCACUUUCAUAACGAUACAAAAACAAACAAUAUUCGUAUACUUCAUUAUUACCGACUUAAAAGGAUAAAUAUUCUCAAAUACGCUUAAGUAGUACACAGGUCAAUAUUACCAUUUCGCAUAGCCUUCGACGUUGUUUGAGGAAAAAAUUUGAAAAUCAACUUUUUUCACGUAAAUCUUCUCACCCGAUAGUAUAAGUAUCGAGGAUAUAGUGGUUUACGAAAAAAUUAAAAAAAUUUUUAACUACAACUUCUUUGACCACAAUAUAAAUAGCACUCAAUUAAUUACCGAUUUAGCGAUUGCGCGAAUAUUGCUUUCUCCUUUUCCAUCAAAAUAUUGUUACUCAACGCUUUUUUCGCUACCACCAUCACCAUCAGUCUGGGAGAAAACUGUUGAAUAUGUGUACCAACAAUUUUCGAGCUUUGCAUACAAUAAAGCCUCGUUCCCCAUUGAAACGCAGCACGUAAAAACGUUUCAAUCGGCUGUUCAAACGAGCCAAAAUCAAUGUCUCGGUCUCACGCAGCUGAGUUCACCAGGGCAGCGCACAUAGAAACCGCUGAAUCGCUAUGUCCUGCAGCAGCACCGUAAUACCCAUUAAUUUACAUCAUCAGUCAGAUGAAGCCUCGAAUUAUCGGUACACUUUCUACGCGAAAACGCAUUUUCCCCGGCGACGAGAAAGAGAGAAAAAACGCCCUCGAAAGUCCAACGACACGCUUAUCUUCUUUUCUCCACCAGACGCUAUGUGUACAAGUUAUACUCGCAGAAGGACUCUGAAAAGUAGCAUCGCGUUUAUUUUUGGAAAAAGCGAGGAUCGAUAAAACUUUACGGCUUUAAGGUUCAAUGUCGAACGCGUACACACACACAGGGUGAUCGUACGACAUACCCACACGUGUAGCUCGAGGGAAGUAUUAUAGCCGUCUUCGACCUUGUGUCCCGUGUGUGAGCAGCACAGCCGGUGGAUUUCAGCGAAGGUUCUGGCUCGACGGGAGAGGAGAAAGACGAUGCUGUAUCGGCGCUGAUGCUCUCAGAGGAGGAAGGAAAGAAAGGUGGAAGGGAUGAGUCGCCGCCGCCGCUGCUGUGGCAGCUUCUCAGUUCUUAUAAAAGACUUCCCAUUCAUCCUGAGUCGUCUCAUUAUAAUCGAACGAAAUCAUCGGUAAAGAUGUACCUGAAGUACUGGAUCCUCCUGGCAGCCCUGCUGGCCGUGGCUUACGCCGCGAUCGAGCCUCUCGACCUGGUGGCCGAGGAGUCGCAGGAACAUCCGGCCGGACAGCAUGUACGGCAAAAGAGAUUCCUUCUGCUGAAGAAGGCUAUCCUAGCCAAGAAGGCCCUGGCUAUCGGCGGUGCCGUCGGCCUUGGCGUUGGUCUCGUCAAGGCUAAGCACUUCGGCGGCGGUUUCGGAGGUGGUUACGGAGGUGGUCACGGUGGUGGCUGGCAGAAGCCCAUAAUCGUGCACGCUUACCCUGCUUCCCACUCGUCCGGCUGGAGUAGCGGCGGUGGCGGUGGAUGGCCCAGCGGCGGCGGCGGCGGCGGCGGAUGGUCUGGCGCAAGCAGUAACGCGUGGGCUGGAUCCAGCUCCUGGUAAACGAUGAUGCCGUAGGAUGUGCCAAAGCGAUUGACGAGACUUGCCAGUUUUUAUGAAAUAAUUAGGUUAUAAGAAUAAAGUAUUUAUAAAUUGA